GUGUCCUAACUUGAGGGCUUUGGUGAUGCCUUAUGAGUCAUGUUUUGAGGAUGAAAUCAUCCCAAACUUAUGAGCUAGUGGAAAGCUCUGGAGAUUUUAG